GUAAUUUGUGAAAAAGUUUCGCUAUCCAUUCAUCCACGAUGCAAAAAGUCUCUCAGUUGCGCUCUCCUGCCUUUCUUGUAGACUUAGCAACUGUAAAAAACAACUGCAAAGUCAUGAUUGAAAAGUGCAAAAGUCUUGGAGUCCAACUAAGAACGAAUAUGAAGACACACAGGACUCUGUGAGUAUCUGUCAUGAUCUGUAAUUUCUACAGCUUAGAACGGUGGAAUAAGUAAUGUUUAAUACACGAUCGGGAGGGUUUUAUCGGGGUAUAAAGCCACUCGGCGCCCCGAUAAAACCCGACCCGCGAGUUUAUUGAACGGCUUCAGAAACAUUCCUGGAAAAGCGUGUCUUAUUGGAGUUGAUAACAAUGACGCUUUUUGUGAACGUUGGAAAUUAGCAUACGAAAAACACACUACGUUUGUUAUAGUACUGCUACAUGAGAAAUUUCUGCAAUUUGAUGGGCUUAGAGCAGUGGUAUUUCAGAUUAAUUUGAAAUACCUACAUGUGAAAAUUACAAACCUUGUGUGGGUAGUAGUAUAAACAAAUAAUAACAUGAUUUGCACGUGAUAUUUGGCAUAGAUAACACUCGUGAUAUCACAGGCGGCUCAACCUCACGUUACGAGGGAAGGGUGUAAUGUAAUUUACAUACUAUAGGUGAUGCGCUGGUGUCGCGUUACAGUCGACCAUUGAAAAUAUAAGAGACUUUGUAUGAGAAGUAUAUUACUGAGAUCUGCGAACGUUAAAUGACGCUUAACCUUACUUUAUCUUAAAUGAAAUGAAUAAAAAAAGACUUCCCUGCAAUGUAUUCCACCGCAUUUUGGUGUUUGAUUGUCGUUUACUGGUUUUUUUGGCUUUAUUGCGUAACCACUGUUACUCCUUUCAUAGAACGAAGUGAAGGCUGGUCACUUCGAUCUGUCGGGGCCCUGGACCAGUCGCAACAAGAAUGCCAUUUUUUUCGCCGAAAUUCAAAUCCGCUGCAAAUUUUUCUACUCUGGCCUAAGAGGGAAACCUCUUCUUCCUCUCUGGGAGAUCGGCUUGAAAAAAGAUCCUUAAUUUCCCCAUUAAAUCGAGCCAUUUGUCCCCGACUUCGAGGCAUGUGUGGCUUUCGUCCAGUGCCUGUGACCACUGUUGCGCUUACCAACUAAUUUGCAUUAUGAUAAUUAGCACCUACACGACAGUUGCAAGCACUCACUUUUUCACAGUGCAAGAGCCUAGUUGACAUCAUUUCAGUCCUGGCAACUGUCGUGUAAGUGCUAAUUGUCAUAAUGCAAAUUAGUUGGUAAGUGCAACAGGCUUUUUAGUUUGACAGUGUUUUACCAGGGUUUAAAAUAUAAGAACGUGACAGAUUUUAGCGGACGUGAUAGGUCAUAAAUUAUUAAUGAGUUUUGAAGGUGUGGAUUGAGGUGUGUGGGUGGGAAAAUGAGGGAAUCUAACCGACGCAUGAAUUUAAGUCUGGGAUAAAGCAGGGGGAAUUUUUUGUCGUAAAAGAGACCAUGCGCAUACACCGUAUCCCUGUACAGGCAUGGGUAAAAUUACUUCAUUUUAUUUUAUAUUUUUACUUCUAUGUUAUAAUUCACAAAGGUUUCCCAUCACUGUGAAUGCCAAAAAAAAAAGAAACAAACAACAGAAAAAAAACAAUAAUAAAUAAAUAAAUAAAUGAAAUAAGAUGAUGAAUAAAAUCAAUAGAGGAGAUUAAAAUAAUUAGUAACAGCAGAUUUAAAUGCGUCCAUGGAAGGCUUAUCUAAUAUUAAGGAAGGUAAAGUGUUCCAUUCUAUUAGAGUUCUAGUAAAAAAAAUUCUACUCAUAGGUAUUGGUGUUAUUACCAAUGUUUAUAAACUUGCUGCUGUGAUAAGAGUAUGUAUUAAACACAGGUUGGGCAUGCACUGUACUCCAGAUUAUUGACCCUAAUUUUAUCGUUCACUAUUUUGUACAUGGCAGUAAGUCGAGCAAUUUUGCAUCUCAGUUCUAGUGAAUGAGCCUGUAACCAUAACUACGGGUAGAGAGCCUCUUACCCUGGAGAAACGGCUAGUUUACCUGACAGAAAGGUGAUGCAACAUUUGCCAAAUCAUGAUUGCCUUUUAUAUAAAGUAUGUGGCAAAUGUGUUGUCCUACUUGUACAGCGAAAUGGUGUAUCUGGUCCCUCAUGUUUAAUAAGCUUUUUUAUUAAAUAAGCACCAAUGAAAUACCAGGGGAGCUUUCGCACGAAAACUUGAUAUCUUCAUUGUGAAAAUAACAUGUUAUCUUCUCAUGUGAAAAUAUCACCUUUGCUAUGGCUACAUAAUAAAUCGCCCCUCUCACACCAAAAACUAUUAAAGUGAAAUGGUUUGGUAUUUCAUUGGUGUUUAUAUAAUAAAUAGAACAUUACAUGGCCACCUGUAGAUACGAAAUUUCUAUUCUCGUGUUGAAAAAAAUAUAUUUUUUAACACUCAAAGAGAAAUUUCAUAUCUUGGCAAGGCCAUGUAAUAUCCUCUAUAAAUUAUUACUGAUCUGAUAAGAGAUCUAUGCCAGUGCUUUCUAUUUUUUUUCUUUAAGCCUAUAUUUUUUAUAUUAUAAUUAUUUGAUACAAAUGUAUUCAAAAAGUAAGGCUUGUCAGCAACCUUUGAUAUUUGUAAUAUCACCUGCUGUAAUCAAAGAUUGUUUUUGUUCCAUUUGCUUAAGGCAAGCUGGCGAACUUAUGACUGGUGGCACAAAAAGGUGCCUUUCAGUUUCAACUUUAGCAGAAGCAGAAUUUUAUGCUGAUGGAGGCUUUGAUGACAUCACUUAUGCCUACCCACUGUCACCUGACAAAGUACCACAGGCUGCCCAACUGUUGAGUCGACUUCAAAACUUUCAUGUACUAAUUGAUAACCAUGUGGUGCUUGACUCAUUGGUAGCUAACCAACCUCCACAAGGAAAAAGAUGGUCAGUUUUUCUUAAAGUUAACUGUGGCUAUAACCGAGGUAAUUCCUUUUAAACAAUAAGUGUAGUAUUUUAACAAAAAUGGAUUUAGCGGUUCAAAGAGCCAUUAUCCAGGGGUAGGUUUCUCUUAACCCCAAUAUCAGUGUGCAAAUUCUCCACACUGUUCUCUAUGUAUUUCCCAUGGAGCACUGAUAAAGAGAAGUUGUUUAACAAUGUGAUCUUUUGUUAACCUGGUGAUCAUGUUCAAUUGCUUCUCUUACCUUUUGGUCUCAUUUAACUAAAAUACACUGGGUAACCCUGAAAGGAACUUUAAAUUCCCACCCCUCCCCCCCAUCCACACUGUGACCCUUGGUCCCCCAACCUCAACUGUUGAAGACCUAAUUAGCCUUUGGUUAAAAUCAAAUAAAUUAUUAAUUAAAAUUAAUUGUAGUUAAUGAUUAGUAAUAAUAACAGGGCUUCUGAUAUUUCGCGGAAAAAAAAGCAAAAUUUCGCGGGAUUUUCAGGGGCAAAUUCGCGGAAAAAUCGGCCGAUUUCGCGGGAUUUUCGCGGGAAAAAGGUAAAAAUUCGCGGAAAAAUCCGCCAAUUUCGCAGGAUUUCGGGGGAGAAAAGUCAAAUUCGCAGAAAAUCGGCCGAUUUCGAGGGAUUUUAGCGGAAAAAAGUCAAAUUUCGAAGAAUUUUCAGGAGCAAAUUCUUAGAAAAAUCGGCCGAUUUCACGGGAAAUUUCGGGGGGAAACUUCGCCAAGAAACAAUCAGUCAAAAACGGCCGAUUUCGCUGGUUUUUUUGGUAAAUUUCGCUAAAAUCGAUCAAUUUUGCGUCGAUAUAACCAGCGUUGUUUAACGUUUUUUUUAACAGCGAUAAUCAUUUGCUCUUUCAACAACAGUUCGCUCGAGAAAUGAGCGAAUGCUAAAGCUGUUAACAUUAUGAUUAGUGCCCAGUUUUUCGCAACAUUAAUCUAAGAACGCCUGGUAGUUUUGGGACAUGGUUUACUCGUUGCAGUGACGAAGUUUCAAGAUGAAUUUGGACGUUUGGGGUGAAUAAAACAGGUCUAAUAGCCAAGAUAAGUAUUAAAUAUGUUUUGCCGACAUGUAUUUGGAAAUAUUUCUGGGGAAUUUCGCGGUAUUUCGCGUUUUUUUGGGAAUUUCGCGGGAUUUCGCGGAAAUACCUGAAUUUCGCGGGUCCGCGACCGCGCGAAAUAUCAGAAGCCCUGUAAUAAUGAUGACAAUGACAAUUAUAUGCCAUAAUCUUGAUAAGGAUUAUGUACUUUUGUGGAGAAUCAUUUAUAAUGCCUCAAUUCAAUCACCCAAAUGGCAACACUUCAUUGGUUAGACACAAUCAGUUCAGUGUGUGACAAACGCAGACUGCAGACUUGCAGUCUGGCAGGUAAACGAGGUAAACAUUGUUGUGAACCGCUUUAACACAUUCUCUAUCCCUAAACUUUAAGUCUACUAAAAAGUCUAGUUUAGGGAUAGGUAAUCUGUUAGAGCAUUUGACAACAAUGUUUUCCUCGUUUACCUGCCAGUCUGCAAGUCUGCACUCUAUGUUUGUCGCACACCGCAAUCAGUCCUAUGUUGUAGAGGAAAUGACAAGAUAAUCCUGAGUCUAAUAUUAUCCACCAUUAUUAUGUUAGGAAAUUGAAUGCAAAUGGUAGUGUUUGUUACUUCAAGUAAUAUAUCAAGCAUGAGACAGUGUUUCAUCAUUGGAUGAAAGACUGAGAAGAGAGUUGAAAAUGCAAUGUGCAGCAGAGUAUUUUUGACGAACUUUGAGGUGUUUUCAUCUUGUGAUGAAACACUGUGUCGAAUGCGUGAUAUUACUUCCCGUACAAGAUGAUUUUAAAAGGAGAAAUUACAGAUGCAAAAGAGAGCAGUUUUUAAUCUCAUUUCCAAACACUCAUUAACCAUUAAUUUGCUUUGUAUUUUCUUUAUGAAUUAUUAAGGAGUUUUAACAUUAUUGAUCACAAAAUUCUGUAAUCUUGAAAUGUCUUAACUUUUUGUAAUAUGUGAAUUCCUGUGUGGUGCAGACUUCAUUUGCAUCAAGGCGUGUGGAAAAAUACACAAAGUUUUAUGUUUUUAACGAAUUUUGUUAGUAUGGCCAAUCUCGGGCGACAGGUUGAAGUUUGAAGUGGUAAAUAUUUCCACAUCUGUUUCAGCGGGUGUGUCAUAUGAUGAUCCUAAAGGUUUGGAGCUGGCCAAGGAGAUAGCUUCAAAGGAGUGUUUGACAUUCAAAGGACUUUAUAUUCAUGAAGGAAAUGCAUAUAAUUGUGCUGGUGAAGGAAAAAUUAAAGAGACAACAUCAGAAGCAUUGACAAAACUGCAAAUCAUUUUAAACAGGUAAGCUUGUUUACUUAGAUAAUACUUCUCCAGCACAUGUGGUUAUUUUUUAUCAGCCCAGUUAUAUGUAGUUCUACCUCCAUUGCUACACUUAAGAUUUUUAUUACAAUUAAACAGACUACAAUAUAUUAUUGUUAAUGUUAAAGAAACAUGAAUGAAUUGCAUCUUCCAUGAGAACAUGCAUACAACAAUAGUACUAACAAUAAUAGGAUAUGAUCAUAAUAAUAAAUAAUAGUGCCUACUUUUCAGUGCUAAGCGCUUAUUGAAAGCCAAAGAGAUUUUAUCUCUGUCCAUUUUAUGGAGGUAGUGUCCAGAUGAUCAUCUUUGUCUGUUAAGUGGGAUGAUCGAUUUGACUCCUCUUUGGGUUAAUUGAACAAGUUAUAGCUGCGUACCUGUAGGUGGUACAAUCAUCUCCCUCUUAGACAAACUCUGGUAGUAGUAAUCAAAUAUUGUCCUUUGUAGGGAGAUCACCAUCCAACUUAUUGAAAGUCAAAGAGAUUUUCUCUGUGUCCAUUUUAUGGAGGUUUUCAUGCUUUAGAUAUGUCGGUUAAGAUAGAGAGUUAAUUACAUUUGGAGGGGGUCUUAGGUGUGAGUUUUGUAGAUUUAGAGGUGGUCCUAGGUCCUGGGUCUUGACUUAGGUCUUACCUUUGGGGACACCUGGAGACUGGGUACCACGAGCAAUAUUUGCAAUAUUUUUGUGUCCAGUGUAGAAUAGUGAAAGAGCCAGACAAAAAAUUUUUCUUAAUGUAUUGAUAUUUGAUUGGGGGUGGCUACAUUGUCCGAGUCUGUAUUACGAACGUUUUGACGCGUAGAAUAUAGCUUUAAUAGGAACCUCAAUGUCCUGCAAGCAACGCAGAAAAGCUGGUCCAGCAUGUCAAAACUAUAGCAGGGAAUCUCAUACCCUGUCAUACUGUUAAAAUAACAAUUCAGAUCCAACACUUUGUACAAAACUAAGGAACCAAACCCUAAACUUUUAGUUUGUUGGGCCGCUUUUAAAAAUGAGAAAGGAAAAUCCUCCGCCUACAGCUAGCGAUCAGAGGUCGAUUUCUGAUAGAACAAAGAUAAGAAACUACAGGAAAUCACUGUACAGCACAAGGCCACAUGACCUCUCAGUUAAAGAAACGUUUGCUAAAUCUACGCUACGAAUCCUCCAAAACAGACUUUACCAGUUAAGGACAAAAUGAAGGGGCUAGUGACGUAUUAGCAUGGGGUAAAAGCCUUGUAGGUAUACCAAAACCCCUUCUUUAUAGUUUACAAAGGCUAAAACACGUUUGGUGGAAAGGGUGAGUCAGGCUNGGGGGGGGGGGGGGGUCCACGGGCGCGCACCCGUCGCGCCCCCCUUCCUACGGGCCUGAUUGCGGAAGUGAAAAGGUAUAGUCAAUUUACUCUUAAUUGCAGGUUGCAAGAAGCUGGCAUCGAAUGUCCUGUUGUGGGGAUUGGAUCAACUCCAAGCUGCUCUAAGCCACCAGAUGAUUUGUUAAAAGGAAUCACGGAAUUUCAUCCAGGAAAUUAUGUCUUUUAUGGUUAGUAGGCAUGAAUACAGAGUAGUCAACUGAAUAGAACUGUUUGCAGCUUGGUACGUUGUCUGGACUGGAGUGGUAGUAAAUAAAUGUAAGUGUGGUAACUUUAAUAUUCAACACCACAGAAGAUUCCAACGUUGGUGACACAUGGAAAGCAUACGGAUCAAUCAAUGUGAAUGUAGGUUGAAAACUGUACAAAAUACCGAAAAGGUGCAUAUGAUAAACAAAUGAUUGUAGGGAUCUCUGGUAUGUAGGAUGCUCAAAGUCUAUGCUAAGUGUCCAGUCUGACCACAGAAAUCAAAGUAUUGGUAUAUUGCAAUAAAGAUCGAUGCUUUGGCAUACAGACCAGUCUAGGAUUACAAAUUAAAGCAAACACUUAGCGAAAUUUCCAGUCAUUAAAGACGCAAAAAAUCAAAUUACUAUAGUUACAAGCUCAUAGGCAUGAAUUAAGUCACCAGCAAUUUGAUGUCUACAUGCAUCCACCUUAACAAGUUAGCUUUUGUUUGCUCCAGUAAGCUGUUAUUGUUUUUGUUGUAACAUGCCUGCUUGCAGCACCAGCCUCAUAUGUUCUGAAAGUGCAGAAAAAGCCCCGGUAAUACGUGCAUUCUUCUUUCUUAGAUUAUCAGCAAUUCCUAAUCGGUUCAUGUGAUAUUAGUGACAUUGCUGUGCGAGUCUUGACGAGAGUCAUAGGAAAUUAUCCUGACAGAGGGCAAAUCUUAAUAGACUGUGGCUGGACAGGAUUAUCUCUUGACAGCUUUGGAAAACUGAAAACAGGAUAUUGUUUCUUUGAAGGACACUCUAACCUCAAGUAAGACUAUUGAUACUGUUAUUUUGGGAAGAACAUAUCUUAAUGUAUAUCUUUACAUUACUCCUCGAGCCCGAAUGGGCUCUGAGUCAGUAGCCCUUUAGUGCGAGAGGAAUAAUUGUUUUAGUAAAAUCCAACUAGUUGAUCAAAAAUAUCGAGACAGAAGAACUUAAGCUACCAAAACGCGAUUCAGCCGCCAUUGUUUUGGUUUUCAAAGCCGGCGCUUUUCGCUACUACUGGGCUAUAACAUAUAGCCUAGUAGUAGCUCAACCAAUCAGAAUGCAGCAUUGACAAUGGCCCACUAGUUGGAUUUUACUAAGUAUACCCGAAACGUAUCGUAAUAAAGCUAUCUUUGGCUCAGUUGCAGUAACCCAUGAGUGGCAAUCUUGGAAAUUAUGAAUGGGGUUGUGGGAGCACAAACCCUGACUAUAUUUUAGGCCUAACCUCGGGUUAACAAAGCUUGAUAGUACUUAUAUCUACUGGGUAAAUCACUAUCCAUUAUGAAUAUUUUUUGAAGAAAACCAUCAUCAUACCGUACUUAAAAACCUGGAGCCUUGUAGGCCUCCUAGCUAAGUAGUUAGAGCGUCAAGUUUUAAAAAAACGUAGAUUGCAAAAUUAGCUAAAAGGAAAAAGAAUCAUAGUAAAACUGUUUACACGUCUACAGGAUUUUUAAAUCUUUUAUUAGGUAAAUUUAAAAGAUAAUUGUAAAAACAUUUACCUCAUAAAAGAAACUAAAAAAAUAAAGGCUGGGAAAUGAAAAGUCUAUGACAUGAGCUAUUUCUUGCUCUGUAGAUAACUGUUACGUGCGUGAAAGGUCAUCUGUUUGAUAUGUAUCACAAAAUUUUUAAUGGUAGAAGAAGCUCUUAACUUAUUAAGAACUUCCAGAUUUUUGGUCCAUAGUACCUGCAAUUGUACCUAGUAAUGUUUGUUCUUUACACCGUAACGUGUGUUGCUUCUUAGCUUCAGGAGAGCGCUAGGUGGAGUUGUUGUCGUUAUCUAAAUAGCUUUAUAUUCAGUAUUAUAUAAAUAUACACACAUCUAAGACCCUUCUGUUAUUCACAGUAGGCAUGUUUGCUGUUUUUAGAAGAGCAUAAGCCAUUAAAGUCCUAAUGUUAUCAUUAAAAAUAGAUCUCCUAGAACGCACGUUUAGUUGUCGAGUUUGGCAGCUUCUGUUUUGCCGUAGUGCAUUAUCCACUGGAUGGGGUUUGGCCCAUUCUUCUAAGAUCCAGUUACUGAUUGUUAACCUUAGCCAUUUUAAAAAACGUUUUCUGAGGCAGGAAGGUCCACUAAAUAAUAUAGGUUACUUUUGGCUUACUUCAAAUACGUUUUCACGGCUUGAGAUCGACAACCACCCCGUUUUGAGACCAAAACGGCUUGAAAGAUGUAUCACAGCACAGGAUGAAUAUAGUUCCUUUGAUCUGUGUUGUUAGGUUAGCUUAUGUAUGGUAAAGGAGACCAGAAUUAAAAAUAAAAGAAAGACAGAGUAGAACUUAAAGGGAAUGUGGUGGUAAUGCCACAAAUGAGCAGUUACGUCCAUUUGAACUUGAGCCUGCCGUGAACAAAUCCGGCUAACCGUUUGCAAUCUAACCGUUCGGUCACGCUGCCUUCUCAAACAGGCAGAUUGGUUUCAAGUAGUAUAUCAAGCAUAAGACAUAGUGUUUCAUCACCAGAUGAAAGACUGAGAAGAGAGUUGAAAAUGCAAUGCGCAGCAGAGCUGUAUUUUUGACGAACUUCGAGGUGUUUCUUCUGUUGAUGAAACACUUUGCGAAUACUUGAUAUUACUUCUCAAACAAAAUGAUUUUAGAAGGAGAAAUUAACCACACACUCAUUAAACACUAAUUUCCUUUGUAUUUUCUGUAUGAAUUAUUAAUGAGUUUGAGAAAGUAAUUUCACUCUAACUUUUAGGCUUGUAAAAAUGACUCAAGAAAUUGGCAUUGUAGAAGCAGCUGAAGGAUCUCUGGAUGUUUCUCUCUUCCCAAUUGGUAAAUUACUGAAGAUGAUACCUUAUCAUGUAAGUAUGGCCGCCGGCUUAAAUUUGUAUUGUCUCCCAUGUACUCAGAUCAUUUUCCUACCAACAGAGUCUUCUUUUCCGUGCAACAGAUUCAAUAAAACAUAAAAACUUAAGACAGAAUCCUUCAGGAAAUUGAGUAUUAUUAAUUUUCAAAGGACAAAAUACUUUGUACCAGAAUAAUUUAAACAAUAUCGCAUUCUUUUUUUACAUUUUUCAAGGGCUAUAGAAUGUACUUAGUUAUCUGUGAUACCACCAGAGAAAAUUUCUUAUGGGAGCCCGAGAAAACGAAAGUCAAAAUUUCACAAAAUCACAUCUUACACGUGAAAUUUUCAAAAUUUUACCUGUGUUUUCACAAUCCUUGUGAAAUUUGACAUUUGUUUUCUCGGUCUCCCAUGAGAAAUAGUCUUUGGUGUUAUUACAGAUAGUAAAUUAUAUCUA